CUUCCUCAAAUCCCACCAACAUUUCCACCUCCUCCUCCGCCUCCUCCUCUUCUCCCUCCCCAGUCGACGACAACAUGUCUUCGUUACCAUCGACAGCUGUGCGGGCGGCGUCCCGCUCCGCCUCUGCCAGUACCUCGGCUGCACGCCUCUCCCAGAUGCGGUCACACUUCUCUUCGUCGUCCGCCGCACGCAAGGAAGUCGGCGAGGCCUACAUCAUCUCGGCCUCGCGCACGCCCACGGCCAAGUUCAAUGGCUCCUUCAUGUCCAUGACGGCCCCUCAACUUGGCGCUGUCGCCAUCAAGUCGGCCAUCGAGAAGUCCCGCGUCCCCGCCUCCAAGAUCACCGACGUGUACAUGGGCAACGUGCUGUCCGCGGGAGUCGGCCAGGCGCCCGCGCGUCAGGCCGCCCUGUUCGCCGGUCUGAGCACCACCACCGAAGCCGUGACCGUCAACAAGGUGUGCGCGAGUGGCUUGAAAGCCGUGGCCCUGGCCGCGCAAAACAUCCAGCUCGGUCUCGCCGAGGCCCAGGUCGCAGGGGGCAUGGAGAGCAUGUCGAGGGUGCCGUACUACUUCAACCGCGCGGCCCAGCAGCCGCCCUUCGGCCACGUGGGCAUGAAGGACGGCCUGAUCGAGGACGGCCUCUGGGACGUGUACAACCAGUUCCACAUGGGCAACUGCGCCGAGAACACGGCCAAGAAGUUCAACGUCAGCCGGGAGGCGCAGGACGAGUACGCCAUUCGCAGUUUCGAGCGGGCGCAGGCCGCGUGGAAGGCUGGCAAGUUCGACGAGGAGAUCGCCCCCGUCACGGUCAAGAGCAAAAAGGGCGAGACCAUCGUCAAGGAGGACGAGGGCUACAACAAUCUCAAGAAGGACAAGGUCGCGACCUUGAAGCCUGCGUUCGUCAAGGAGGGCGGUAGCGUCACCGCCGCCAACAGCAGCACCUUCAACGACGGUGCAAGCGCUCUGGUCCUCGGCAACAGAGAAAUCGCCCUGCAGUACGGCAAGGACAGCAGGGUUCUCGCGAGGAUCGUCAGCAGCGCAGACGCCGCCAUCGACCCCGUCGAUUUCCCCGUCGCACCUGCCAAAGCCGUCCCCAUUGCGUUGGAACGAGCCGGCUUGAAGAAGGAGGACAUUGCCAUUUGGGAGUUUAACGAGGCCUUUGCGGCCGUCAUCAAGGCCAAUGAAAAGAUUCUCGGUCUCGAAAACGCUCAAGUCAACUUGCUCGGCGGUGCCAUCUCGUUGGGCCACGCACUUGGCAGCUCCGGUUCCAGAAUCUUGACCACGUUGUUGCAUCAAUUGAAACCGGGCGAGUACGGUGUCGCUGCCAUUUGCAACGGUGGUGGUGCGGCUACGGCGAUGGUUGUACAGAGAAUCGCCAGCGUCGAGUAAACCAGAAAGGAGGCACAGAGAAUUGCCGACGACGAGUUGAAAGAAAAGCAGCGACACAUUUGCGUAUGAGGGCAACCCCACGACACCGCCUAAAAAAAGGGGGGGUUUAUAUGUUAUAUGUUAUAGAUGUAGCAGCAGCACACGAGUUAUAAGGGAAAAGGGGACCCUUCGAGGAGAUGAUGGAUGGCCGUGGCAGCAUAGCGAUGGCGUUGUUCUUGUUAUCUAGGUAACAUUUUUGAGUGAGUAGGUAAUUUAUACCAGAUCAGAAUCUUGACCAUUG